AAUCGAUAAAUGAAUAUUGUGUGUUUCACUAUCAUUAAAGAAAAGUUCACUUUGGCAAUUAAUUUUUAAAAUAUAGCUUAAAUAUGGAAGCAGUUUGCCGGAUUUGCAUGGACAACUCCGUGGCCCUUGUGGAUAUAUUUGAGGAGGGGCCUUCGAUAGAUGAGAAACCCAGCCUGGCCGAUAUGUUGAACGAGUGCGCCGGAUGCAAAGUGAAGCAGGAUGAUCCACUGCCAAAGCAGAUAUGCGAUACCUGUGUUUUAGACUGUCUAAAUGCAUUUCGAUUCAAGCGAACUUGCCAGCAGAGUCAGGAGCGCUUCAUGGAAAUCUUAAACGAGAAGAAGGAAAAGAAGAAGGAGGCAAAAGUAAAAUGUGAAAUGCAGAACGGAUCAAAGGAAGAUUGGCAACUGUCGGAUAACAGUCUGGAUCUGGACUGCGUCAAGAUAGAGAAUCCAGAUGAAGAGAUUCUACCAGAUGUCAAGUUGGAACCACCUCAUAGUGAGAUGAAAAUAAUUGCUGCCACAUCGUGGCAGGGUAAGAUAAUACCAAUUGAUAAUCCUUCGCCGCUCACUGGCAAGAUUUAUUGUUGCAAGCUCUGUGGCAAGGAAUUCUUCCACUUGGAUAAACUGGCCAAGCACAGACUCCUGCACGAUCACGAGCUUCGACCUUACAAAUGUCCCUAUUGUCCAGUCGUCCAAUCAAGUGUCCAUAUUGCCCGAAGACCUUCACCCGCCAACUACAAGCCAAGGAACACAUCUUCGCCCACAAGGGUAUAUAUCUGUACCAGUGUGAGAAGUGCAACAAGAAAUUCAAGAGUUUGGCCGGAUACCGGGGACACGUUUGUCAUGGUUUAAUAAAAUAUCCCAACUAAUUUCCAUGUUUGUUUCAUAAUUUUAAGCUUAACUGUGCAAUAUUUUAAAUAAUUAAAGAAAACUAUAAUAUAUGGAA